AUAGUAUAAUACAAGUCUGUGGGCGGCCAUAGAAGCAAUCAGUGUAGGGUAAUAUUAUUAUUCACAUCUAGGCCUACAAUUUGGUUAAAUCGCAUGCACAGGAUUGUCGCGUUUCCUCGUCGCACGGAACAGCACUUGCCAGACGCACAGGAAAUGGCGUACAGGAAGCAAUGUGAGUCACAAAGGCAUUACGGGCAAACAUAGAAACACUGUGAAAUUACAUUUCUUGUUUGUUAGAAAUAAAACUAGAUGUACAUCAGUUUUAAACUCCUCCCGUUUUAAAAGUUAACGGUACUUUUCAAGGGUGUACAGGAGGUUUGUUAGGCAGAUAAGUGGAAUAAUUAGGCGAGGGAAUAGGUAUCGGAUUGGAAAAGGAGUUUUGAAUCUUGCUGUUUUCAGGGAAAAAUUUGUUCUCCCUAAUUUUCCUUAUAAACAUUACUUGAAUGUAUGGCACUCCCUCGUCUUAUUUCCGAGUAUCAGUGUUGAGUUCUAGAUCUAUGUUAAUUAACAACAGCAACAGGGGAAGUUUGAUAUUUUAAGAUAUAAAAAUCUCACUAGAUCUAGAUCUAGAUCUAGAUCAACAACAGCAAGCAGAACAAACUAUAGUUAAGAGACUGAGAAAGAAGUGGAGAAACCUUCCCUUUUAAGAACACGAAAAAGCUGGGAAUUGAAGAAAACUCGCGUUGUGCAAAACUAAGUCGAGCAAACUAAGCACGAUAACAAAUUAAAUGAAAUAAAUUCGAAAAAUCACAAAAGGACAGUAUUUUUUCAAGAAGACUUUGAGCUUCUUUCUGGCAUACUCCAGAUACUAGACCGACUGUCAAAGAGAAUCAUGUUCGCUUCGAGAAGAAAGUAAGACUGCUCAAGCCAUAUAGAACUCAGUUCUUUAAAUCUCAAACAGACACUCUGUUGCGAAAAAUGACGUCUUAAAGGAUAACAGCAAAGGCUCACACUGGUUUUGAUGUCACUCUGGAGCUUAAAAUGCCAAACCAAAAUUUGCAACCAUGUUAGAAUGUUCCAAUUUAUCUAAAGCAACAACAUCUGCUUCAAAAUACACAAAGCUGCGGCGUCGAAACUCAAACAAACAACGUUCAGAUAAAAGUUGUGAAGUUUGCGAUAUUUGCCACAUGGACAAACGAAGCAAAAGAUCUAGACUAUUGUACGGUAAAUAUACCUGCCCGUGUGAUAUAGAUAUUAAAAUCGAUAACAUCAUGGAGCAGCCCGAGGAAACGAAAGACCAGCGUGAUUGUUCUGAGGCUUCUGCGUCCACUGACAACGUCUGCAAUACCCCAGGUUACGAUUGUGGGUUGAAGUCGCUUCUGCUCAAACUAGAGGUGGAUGCCUGCUCUUCCGAUGUUCAAGUGGACCCUCCUGACAAGACGAAAUGUACUGAACAGCAGCGCAGACGUCGAGAGGGCGAAAACAAGCUGGACUCUGACUUGGGCAAAGAGUAUGCAAUGACGGCAAAGUUCAAAGGUUGUAAAGGCAACCUGAAUAAUAGCGCCUUUGUACAUUUGCCGGAAACUUUCUUGUAUGACCAGGCAUCGGGUCCUGCUUACUGUAUAAAGCACAGGUCUUUCGAUAGUUUAAGUAAUCCUACUAUCAGCGAACAGUGUCUCAAUUUCUCAUCGCGCACAACUGUAGACCCAGCUGGCGGGAGCCCACCAGCUGCUGUUGACAACGUUUUACCUUUGCAGCAAGGCUUUAACGGAGAAACGUCUUAUGCAGAAAGUAUAAUGGAAAAUGAUAAAACCUAUCCUGCUUUCAGGACCAUUUGCAGAGAAUGCAAGCACCAGAAUCCUAAAUGUAUCCCGCUUAGGUUUUCUGUUUCUGAAGCAAAAUCGAAACUACGGAAUAAUCAUCUACACCUCUGCGGUAAAAAGUGCAGUCAGUGUGGAAAGUGUAACCUUUUGUACUUACCACAAAGAUGUCAAGUCGGUGUCCGAGCUAAGCGUCAUCACAGGAGGCCAUCUAGACAGAUGAAUCUGAAGACCAGUUAUCUUCUGACCAAGACGUCGGGCGGAUUCAUGUGGCGCCCUGCUUUGCUGUGGCCCUUGCGUGAACAUCACGCGCGGCUGUUAUGUCGACCAGCCACUGGGAUCAACGACCAUGGAUACGAAUUGUAUCUAGCACGACCUGUAAGCCACCAUAUUCUCUCCUCAAACAAAUCUUCUAAGGAUCACGUUGAAACGAAAACUUUGAACUGUUUCCAGGGUUUUACGCAAUAUGGAAGCAGUCAAACUGAAGAUGAUCAGUAUCAGCAAUCUCUAUACUUCAGUCCAACACAACACGCCGAAUCAGUCGAAGACUACUCAACCGAUGUUGUUAUCCCUGACCCAAUGCCAGUACUGACGUAUGGAGAUAAUGGAGAUAACGGUGAUGACAAUUUUGGCUCAGGUUCACUCGACUAUUUUGUUGAGACACUGUACGCUCAGCCUCCGGUUAAUCCAAGAUGCGUGACGUCAAAACCCAAAGGAAGCUUUUGUUAUAGCGUAAAAAGUCAGGAGAGAAGUGUGGAAUGUGUAGAGCCUUCUGCCUCAGAGGAAAAAUCUUCAUCGAUGCCCGCCCCUACGCCACCCUUAUUCUUAGAAAAUGAUCAAACAAGAAAGCAGUUUUACUGGUCGCUACCAGAAGGAGUUGGGAAUAAGUUUGACACUCACAAACGACCAUGCUCGAAACAAUACGAAUGCGUAAACGGCAAAAUAAAUUGUGUAAAAUUUGAGCAAUCUAAGAACAUCGGUCGUGUCUCUCAGAAUCAGGAAGAAAGAGAUCUCGUCACUGUGAUAGAAACAAGUGGCCGAAACUCACCUCCGAAUCACUUCGACUUUUCAUUUCGUUUCGACCCUCCUCUCACCGUGAACUUGGUGGAAAAGAACAAUUCAAACGAGGCCGGGUCGCUUCUGAGAGACAGUGCGGGCGUGCGGUGUCCGGUGACGACAGAUGACCAGUACUCUGGCAUCGUGGUGCGCGUGGAGGGCGACGGGCGCUGUCUGUUCAGGAGUCUGGUCACGGACAUGUCUUCUACGCUGCAGACCGCCAGAAGGGACGAGUACGGCAGGCCCGUGAGGAGAGAAGAGGAAGAAAAAGAAACUGCAAGCGCUGACGAUCUGCGGGCUCGAGUGGUUCGAUUGAUGAGAGAUAACUUACACUUUUACUCUCAGCUCGAGGGAGGUGUACUCAAUGCUGAUCAGCCCAGACCACUCAGCUACCAAAGAUUCCUGGACCGCUUAGAAGCAAUGGCCCGGCCCGGCACUAUGCCAGGUGACCUUGAACUGAAUGCUGUUGCUAUGGUCCUAGAGAGGCCAAUCCUCGUUUUGAAUACAGAUCUUCGCAGAAUCACUGUAUAUGGACAAGAGCGUUUUCCCCAGAUGCCAGUCUUAGCCGUCCGGUACACCAGGCUAGUGGCAGAUGUCGGCCACUAUGACGCAGUUCUUCUGGACCUCACAUCGUCACCGCAAAGCUUCCUGCGGCGCUCAGUCAGUGACAUGGAGGUGGACGAGAACGUGUGUGUACAGGCGGCCUGCAAUGACUUCGUCAAACUCUCCCUGGGAAAUCCGCGGGAUAAAUGUGGAGAUGGGGAUGUCGCAGGCGCGAGGGGACCCACCAAAAUGCAGGGAAAAGCUCAAUAUGGCUUGAACAAGGCCGUGAAGGAACCGAAACUGUUGGCAAAAAUGGAAUACAAUUUCAACAGAGAUCCCGGAGAAAUGGGCAUCUUACAAUGUGGGGGUGACUUUAACCACAGUCAUGCCACUGGUACUAAAAAGCGAACAAGUAAAGAUGGGUCCAAAAACCGCUGGCCUCCUAACAGUGUCGAUAAAGGAAGUAAAACGAAGCUGCACCGAGAAAAGACUUACGUGGAAAACAAGCAGAGGGUUGUCUCAAAAAUGUGUGAAAAAAAGAAAUGCCAAAUGCCAUCAUUUCACGAGAAAUGUAGCGAGACAGCUGAAAGUGAAUUGAAAGCUGAAAAACGACCCAGCGAGACAGCCACACAGACUUUGCAGCCUGGUCGGUACCCAAGUAGCUUGAUGGCUGGGUCGCAAUCGGCUAAGAUUUCAAGUUGCAGAAGCAAGGAGAUCUGUGACCGUCACAUCAGUGCGGGAAAAAGCGAAGCGAGAGUUACUGUACCCACCGGUGGAAACAGGAGUAAUAAAGACGCAAAUGUCGCCACCAAAGAGGAAAAAAUUAAUUCCGAGGGAAAAGAAAACCACGGACCUCGCAUUAGAGGUCAUUCAAAGAGGCGUUCGUCUAAUCAAGACCAAGGUGUGAGGAGGAAGACAAAAACGGCCAGAGAACACAGCACUUCACACGUGCGAAAGAAGAAGGACGCUGAUAAAAACGACAACAGUAGGUGCACUUUGAAAAGGCGUCAUCGAGCAGAGAAAAGCGCUUCAGAAGACGAGGAACUGUCCUGCGAACGGCGCCCCACAAAGGCGAAACAACCGCGGGUCAGUAAUUAUGAAAACCCCUCUACCGAUAGCGCAAAGAAUAAGUCCGGUAAUAAAUGUCCGACGUCAAAAAGUUGCAAGCCGACAACGGAAUACAACGAAAAGAAACAAAACCGACCACCAGGAAGCAAGAAAUCCAAGACAUUUAAUCAUUCGAAGAGAAAAGAGGGCGGCCUGAAACCGAGAUCUCUUGCAAGCCCCGAGACGAGAGAAGAGUUCCGAUUUGUUUGGAGACAGAAAAGUGACCCGAGCAUCCACCCUCCGCGCGUUCCCGACAUCCACGCCGCCGGUCAGAUCAACUGUUUCCUGUGUGGUAAAGCGGUGGCGCCCGUGGGGCGGUCUAUGCUCCAAUGCUACCUGUGCGGGCGUGUGGCGCACAAGACAUGCGCGGUCAGCGAAUCCUCAUGCUGGGCAAACAGUGGAGCGGACUCUGGAGACCUCUACUUCUUGUGCGCAGAAUGUGUGCCGUUGUAACAUAAUAAGUCUAUCUGUUGGCCGCCAAAAAUCACAGUGUACAUCCUUCUGAAUUUACGUACCUCUGACAACGCCUAGGUUUAGGUGUUGCGCUUCAUGCAAGGUAGUGGCACAAGAAUAUAAAGCCCUCUCCCAUCUGCGUUAUGCCAUCAAUUAUAAAUGAGACGUGUAAUCGGUGGAUGUAUUAUUAACUUAUUCUUUUCUGGCGAUUGACGUCUGACUGCCCUAAUAAAUGGUCUCAAAUCUCCAUAACGUAACUUUUGGAUUGUCUACCUCUUCAUCCCAAGGCAGCUGUUCCUUUACAAUGGUUUUCUUUUUCCUUAUGAUAUGUGUUUUCCUUUUGUUGUUAAAUAACCCAAGCUUCUCUUGCGAAAUCACAAUCGCAGCGCUGGUCCAACAUCAUCAAGCAGAAUACACUUCAGUCUUUGAACACGAUCCUGUUUGAUAUGUAGUGUCAUUGGGGUUAAAACGCUGAGCUGGUUUUAAUUUUUUAUCUCAUUAUCUUAUUAUCCCCAAAGUCUGUACAUCAUUCUAUAUCGAUACUUAGCUAAGCUGAAGAGAAAUAGCGCAGUGAACUAAGUCAAUUUAUGUACCUUCGCAGGUCAAAUGAUGACUAUCUCGUAUUGUCUGAGAUAACGAUAGCAUUCAUUUAAAAUCCGAUCUCAAAAUGCAUUUCAUACUAGGUGUAAACGUAUUAUUUAUAUACCAAACACGUUUUUCGACAAUUUUACACGUUUUGCCUUUUCCCAGAAUGUUUUAACAAAAUAAUAAAUGGUCUAAAACAAUCUAAAAAUCCCUUUAGUUAAACUUUGUUCUUUGCUACAAGUUUACAAGUUUUCGCCU